AUGGAAGACGUGUUGAUCCAGGCUUGGGCUCAAAUCAAAUGGGAAGAGGACCAGUACAACAUGCAAAGAGUCUUCCCGCCAGAGAGACUUGAAAGAGACUACAUGGUCGACAGGAGAUCCGGUUGUGACAAUCGUGAUAGACGAAGUGAGCCUUACACGCCAUCUCACAGAGGGAACAGAGGGAGAGGAGACUACGAUCAAGCACCAAGUACGCGCCCGCAUGAAAGAGCAAAACUCCCAGAAUACCUUCUAUCCAUUUCACCCGUAGAGGCGGUUACAGCUCUAAUGAACCUUGGCGAUAAAGUCAGUUGGCCGGAAAAAAUGAGAGCCCCGCCCGACCAAAGGGACAGAUCAAAAUGGUGUGACUUCCAUAGCGACCACGGUCACCGUACGGAUGAAUGCAUCGCGCUCAGACUGGAAGUGGCGAGCCUGUUGAAAAAAGGGCACCUCACCAACUACUUGACGGACAAAGGCAAGCAGACCCUGCACGGAGUUACUCACUCAGCCGCCAAGAGGCAUACCAGACAGGCUAGGUCAAGCAAAUCCGGGGUUCCACCUCCAGGAAAAACAGGAACAACGGACCCUACUCAACUGAUCAGCUUUGCGACAUCCGAAUCAGACAAGCUACUACACCCUCAUCAUGAUGCUUUAGUCAUUUCUGUUUUUAUUGCUAACUGUUUAACCAAACGUGUACUGAUAGACAAUGGUAGCUCUGCCAACAUUCUGUUUUACAGUGCAUACAGGGAGAUGGGUUUGGACGAGUCCAAACUAAUCAAGAAGGCCCCCGUGCUUGUGGGCUUCAGUGGCGAAAGCACGACAACCGUAGGAGAAAUCGACCUACCCGUCUAUGCAGAAGGAGUAAACCUGUCCACAAGGUUUCUCGUUGUAGACGCCCCGUCGGCGUACAACAUCAUUCUAGGUCGUCUGUGGAUUCACGAAAUGGAGGCAGUACCAUCAACCUAUCAUCAAGUCUUAAAAUUCCCAACCAAGUGGGGAGUCAAGGAGAUCAAGGGAGAACAUAAGGAUUCGAGAGCAUGCUAUCAAACCACUAUGAAAGCCAAAAGGUCGCCCUUAUAG